GGGUCGUCUUCCAGCACAAACGUCUCGACUUGCGAAUCUUGAUAGUACUAGUCCCAGUCCAACUCGGAUGUCUUUUCCCAGUCUUUUUUUUAUCCUUCUCUUUUUGGUUUCUUCCUCCCUAAAUCUUUUCCUUUUUUUAAUGAUGUUUUCGGUGUCAACGAAUAGUGUCAAUUCCUAGCUAGUUGAUCAGCGGCACUCUUCUUUCUUCGAUCUCUCUGUGUUUUGAUCACUAGAGGAAAUUCGGAGCUGGAUAAUGGUUUCUCUUUGUUGUUGCUUUCAUAAUGAUGACCCAGGGGGGAAUGUCAACAGUUCCCACAGGGGCUUCAUGUACACAUUAUUCAACAAGUACGCAGCAGUAUUCAGCAACGAGGAAACUCCUGCCCUCCCUGCACACAACAGAGGGCCACCAACCCCUUCAGUGGAAUCCAAUGCAGCAGUUUUUAAUAUUACACAAUCCGAAACUAGCAUGAUUCCUCCAGGAAUCUUGCCAUUCGAAGCCAAUCCCGGACCCUCCAAUACCGCAGGCCAAACACACCAAGAUACAGAACGAGCAGUGCAAGGUAAAGACUGUAUUGCCCUAGAAUUUGUGCCCGAAGAAGGUAAAUCAAAUGAAAACAAUCCAAAGGCCCCAAUUAGCGUCUCAAAAGAAAAGGCAGAACCUGGACAUCGUUACCUUCAUGCAUCCAUAGACGAGGAGGAUGUUUGUCCCACGUGCCUCGAAGAGUACAGUGUUGAAAAUCCAAGGAUAAUCACGCAAUGUAACCACCAUUACCACCUUAGUUGUAUAUACGAGUGGAUGGAGAGAAGCCAAACCUGUCCUGUUUGUAGCAAGGUGAUGAUAUUUGAUGAAACAAGUUGAAUUCGCAGUAAAGCUUCCAGAUAUUGAAGAUGAGCAUUGGAUAUAAGAAGGUUUUCCUUGGCAGGCCCACUCUAGACGUUCAUUUCAUUAUUUUAUUUUGUUAAAUUUGUUCGUAAAGAGGCGAGUUAGUGACUCAUUUUUUUUAUGAAUUUUAUUUCCCUGUAAAGUGUUUUAUGGAUUUGAUUCUUGCACUGUUGGUUCCAUUGAAGUUUUGAAUUUUAUUGCCGUAUAAAGUCUUGAAUUACUAUUUUAUUACAGUAAUUUUAUACACCAAUUAAUUGGAUGGUU